AGGUAACUGCAGAUUCGACACCAAUCGCCUGUGUACAUAGCAAAUCAGCCGCCUUUGUAGGUAGAAUUGUACUUCGCUAUGAGAGGAAUACUUUGGAGAAAAUUGGCAGACUUUUGCAGUUGCACUGAGGUUUGUUUUUAUUAGGUAUGGCCUGACUCAAGAGCUGCCCGCAAUGGGGAAGGAGAAGAAGUGCAUUCUGUGUGAGAUUGUUUACAGCUCCAAGCAGGAGAUGGAUGAGCACAUGAGGAGUAUGUUGCACCACAGAGAGCUGGAAAACCUUAAGGGCCGAGACUGUGGCCACGAGUGCCGGGUGUGUGGGGUGAAAGUGGCGGGUCUGACCAACUACGCUGACCACAUCUCCAGCCCCAUCCACAAGCAGCGCGUGGAGGCGCACGAGCAGCAGACCAGAGGCAGUGACCAGGAGGAGGAGUACUUCGACAAGGAGCUGGUGAUGCUCAUCGAGAAGCGCAAGGAGCUCAUAAGGCUUCAGGAAGCUGCAGCCAAAAAGGAGCGCGAGGAAGAGGAGAAGCGGAAGCAGCAGGAGCAACAGAUGCGCCGUGGCUCAAAGCCAUGGCAUCGCCAGAACAGGGCGUCGUGGGACUGGAACUUCUCCGACGUACCGCCGCCCCCUAGAGGUUGGUGGGGGGACAUGUCAAGUUGGCAGAAGGCAUGGGGAGGCGGCAGCAGCAGCAAUUGCGACCGGGGCAGCCGGCAACACCACCAAAGCAGGCAAAGUAAAAGUGCAACAUGGCACGCAGAAGUGGCCCCGAACUUCCAGCAGUGGGACCCAGCAGCUUACUCUGGGCAAGGUGGCGGCAGAUCGAGUGACUACAGGGGAGAUCCUGAGCAUACCAGGGGUAAGAACCGGAGUGGCAGGGACGGAGGAAACAGUAGAGAGAAUAGCCAGUAUACGUGGCGGCGAUCCAAAGAGUCUGUCCAGGCGGGACAGCAGCAGUCCGAGUCCUCUAGGAAUCCCACCAGUAAACCCCUCAAAGCAUAUAAGUCAGUGCAGUCACUAGGAAGGGACACUAACCCAAAGUAUUCCCACGGGCAGGAUGGCCCAAGGAAGGGCUACCAGAGCAGGGAAGGCUCUAGUGGAGAACAGGACCGAAACAAGGGACCUGCAUCUCAGAAGGUAGACAAGCAGUAUCGCUGGGCGCCAUACCCACCAGCCAAAGUCAGUGACAUACCGUCUUUACUGGACGUCCAGAGUUCCUCCAUGGAGACUGGUCCAGGCCAGUGGCAUUCGCGAUCGGGACAGCACUCUAGACAGCAUCAGCCCUCGGAUCAUCACAAGAGUGAGCACAAAUAUAGAAAGAACAGGCUGAGUUUCAGCGGCAGCGCCAGCGAGAGCCCCAGCACCACGUCGAGCAGCAGCAGCAGCAGCAAGAGGGCCGAGAGGCCAGCGGAGCACGCCGACAGAACUCCUCCCGCCUCGUCCCCCAGGACCAACCUCAGUCGCGCGUCCAGCCAGGACUCGGUCCACCUCAGGUCGUCCAGGCGCCAGGAGUCCGGAGGCUCUAGACCCGCAUCAAGAAGCCCCAGCUCCGCUGCAGAGCAAGAGCGCCUGCUCUCCGACAUGCUGAGACGAGCCAAAGAGGCCCUUCUGGACAAGAGUCCCGUCGCACAGCUCUGGGUUCCCCGAGAGAAGCGCAUGGACUCGCCACCGCACUUCCAGGAGCUUGAGGACUGCGUGCCAAGCAGCCAGACCAAGGCUGCCGACCACCAAGACCAGGGACAGGGCGCCGAUGGUCAGGUUGAACUGCCCGACUAUGAGGAAGACUCUGUUGCUGAUCCGUGCCCACCGGGCACCAGGUAUGCCUCCAGCCAGACCGAGUCCCAGUCCUUGCAGUCAGUCCAAGUCAGCACGUCUACUGCUGACCGAGAGGAGGAGGAAGUGUUGAAACCUGAAGUGGAGGAUACCAUGGUUACGACAGAAGAUCAGGUGUCUCAUGUGGAGGACAAGGGUUUGGGCUCUGACGGUAACACGCCGAGAGAGGACACAAGCGCCGAGACCAACCCUGACGGUUAUGCCACAGUGCCCAGUCUGAGCAAGUUGGCGCUGCCCGCUUGCCUCAAGCGAGACCUGAACCGGCACAUCGGCACCAAAGGGAAGGCUGGUCCCGGGCACGAGCCCAAUCUGAACAUCGCGCGGCGCAUCCGCAACGUGAGUGGCACGCGCAAGAGCGAAUCGGAGAAGGACUCCAGUCUAAAGCCCGGGCUGAAGCCCAUCCUGAGAGAGCUCAUCAGCUCCACAGGGGCGCGACGCAACGUCAACUGGGACCAGGUGUACCAGGAGGUCAGCAGGAAGAAGCAGGAGAAAGGCAAAGGUCUACCCAGGUUUGGCAUCGAGAUGGUGUCGAGCGAGCAAGAGAGUGCUGCCCAGGGGGAGGGGGACGAGCCCCUGUGCGAAGGCUACCAGUGGGACUCCCUGCUGGCUCCACUUCCAUCCCGCAAGCGCAGCCUGUCGGAGAGCAGCGUCGCCCCCGACCGCACCGCCACCACCCUGUCGCUCUUCUCCACGCCCAGCGAGAGCGUCCGAGACCCCAGGCCAAGCUGCAGCCUGCAGUCUGACCCAAGACCCAUAGAAAUCCCAGAGCAGGACUUCGCCGAGCUGCCCCAGGGUCCGGCCCCGCCCCCCGCCCCGGUGCAGGUGGAGGUGGAGGUGGUCGGCCUGGCGCCGGAGUCUGUGGAGGGAGACAGCAGCUGCAUGUCAGGAACGGAGAUGAACGAGAGUCCCGCCGGAGGCAAAAAGAGACGCGCCGCAGGGGAGGUUCCUGCUGUAGAAAUGGCAUGUGCCGAGAGAAACAAUAAGAGAAGGAAACUCAAGGGCAAGAAAGACCGUUGUCAUGUGGACCAGUUACUGGCCGUGUCUCUCCGAGAGGAGGAGCUGAACGGCUCUCUGCAGACAGUGGACCAAAGUCUGAUCCAGGCUCGUGCUGCCCUGCAGGCUGCAUACAUGGAGGUCCAGCGCCUCCUAGUGGUCAAACAGCAGGUUACAAUGGAGAUGAGCACGUUGAGAACUAGGCGCAUUGAAAUCCUGAAGGGGAUGCAAGAUGACAUGCAACACUCGAGUUCGCCGAGAGGAGCAGGUAGCACAGCGGCCAUCUCCGCCGCAGUCUCCUCCCCUUUCUCCCCGCUGCCCGAGACGGUCGCCUUUGGCCAGAGCCAGCCCGUGUGCCCGAAGCGCGCAGCCCCCCCCUCGCCCCUGUCCCCCGCCCAGCCCACCCCCACCACCACCACCACCACCACCACCACCCAGCCCAUCGUGAUCAAGCUGGAGCCGCUGUCCCCCACCAGUCGUGUUGAGGAGCCAGCGGCGGCCCGCAGCCCCGUGCCCAACCUCCACAGCACCACGCCAGAGCUGCCCACCUUCACCACCCCGCCACACUCAGGGCUAGACCUCGAGUCCACAUCGGUCCAGAUGGUGGAGCUUCGCCAGUCGAGCACUGACCUCAGCGCCGCCCUGUCCAGCUGCGCUCCGAUGGCCCAGACGUCCGCCGCCUCCAGCCGCCGGAGCUCGCGCUCCCUGGACACCACCACGCCCGCGCCCCUCUGCCCGCCCCUGUGCCCGCCCCCGCCGUGCCCGCUGGACGCGCAGCCUAAGGGCGUGAAGAAGGUGCGCAAGCUGAAGAAGAAGCGCAUGCUGCGCCAGGCCCAGGGCGCCAGCCCGCCCGCCGACCACAGCGACUCGGAGACCGAGGGCGAGUCGGUGGCGUCCAGGACGCGCAUGCGCAAGCUGCGGCCCCGACGACGGUCCGGCGGCUCCCUGGUCAGCACCUCCACGCCGCCGUCCACCGACAAGCCGCAGGACGAGGAGAUCAACAACAACAACAACAACGACGACGCCACCACCACCAAGGGCAGCAACGGCAAGGCUGGGGAGUCGGCCGAGAUGUUGGCGGCGGUGGAGACCUCUCCACCUCCUCCUCUUCCUGCUCUUCCUCCACCCAUCGAGCUGAAGCUGUGCGACUCCGACUCCUCGGACCUGGAGGUGGUGGAGCUGGGUCAGGGGAGAGCCGGCGAGGUGAUCAGCAUCGACAUGUCGGACCAAGAGGACGUGAAGAUGGAGAUGGAGGAGGAGGAGACGGCGGCGGCUGUCACGGUCACGGUCACUCCUCUAGCCAACGCGGUGGCGCCUGCUGAAGUGUGCAUGAAGGAGGAGAUGCAGAAGGUGGCCUGUAAUGAAGUGACCUCCACCAGCGAGAUGCCAAAGGCCAGCAUCACCAUCAAGACCGACGAGAAAUACUCAGCAGUCUUGGCUGGGAAGAUGCGCAAAGGUUCAGCAGAUGUGGAGGGGGCAGAGGAGCGUCCAGAUCCCACGGAGGGUGCGUUCGAGGGCCACCAGGAGGCCGUACACGACAUGCAGAUCCACGAGGGCCUGCUCUACACCUGCUCCGGCGACAGGACCAUCCGGGCCUUCUGCCUCACCACUCGUCAGUGCGUCACUGUGUUUGAGGGCCACAGCUCCAAGGUGAACUGCAUCCUGCUGUCGUCAGGACCUGGUUUGGCUCCGCGCCUGUACUCCGGCUCCAGUGACCAGACUGUCCGCUGCUACAGCCUCAGGACGCGUGAGUGUGUGGAGCAGCUGUCUCUCCCAGACCGCGUUCUCUGCCUGCACAGCCGCUGGAAGACGCUGUUUGUGGGCCUGGCCAACGGAUCCGUGGUGACCUAUAGUCUCAAGACCAAUCGGCAGCUGGAAGUGUUUGAUUGCCACGGGCCCCGGGCGGUGAGUUGCCUGGCGACGGCACAGGAGGGCGUGAGGCGGAUUCUGCUGGUGGGUUCCUACGACAGCACCAUCAGCGUCCGAGACGCCAAGAACGGACUGCUCCUCCGCACGCUGGAGGGACAUUCCAAAACUGUGCUCUGCAUGAAGGUGGUGAACGAUCUGGUCUUCAGCGGUUCCAGUGACCAGUCUGUCCAUGCACAUAACAUCCACACAGGGGAGCUGGUGCGCAUCUACAAAGGCCACAGCCAUGCGGUCACCGUGGUGGCCAUCCUGGGCAAGGUGAUGGUGACGGCCUGCCUGGACAAGUUGGUGCGAGUCUACGAGCUUCAGUCUCAUGAUCGGCUGCAAGUGUAUGGUGGACACUCGGACAUGGUGAUGUGUAUGGUCAUACACAAGAGUAUGAUCUACACGGGUUGUUAUGACGGGAGUGUGCGAGCUGUGAAACUCAAUCUGAUCCAAAACUACCGCUGCUUGUGGCACGGCUGCUCUCUGAUCUUCGGUGUGAUGGAGCACCUCCAGCAGCACCUGCUCCAGGACCACGCUGCGCCGGGCCUGCAGAUGCUCAAGUGCCGCUGGAAAAACUGUGACGGCUUCUUCAGCGCUCGCAACGGCACCAAGCAGGGCCUUGAAAAGCACAUGCAUAAACACGCAGAGGAGGACAGCAGGAUGGAGGCGUGAGGGCCCUACGUUGAGGUCCAACAGGAGUAGCAGCGUCGCUGUUUACCCCCCCACACCCCCCCCCCACACACACCCUCACGCUACGUUUCCCAUAUUGGGAAGAUCCCAGAGCAAACUCACAGCUGGAGCUCUCGCUCCUUCAGCUGGUGUGUCUGUCAUCAGACACUUAACAGUCUCCACUGAGAAGGGGAAUUCAAUGGUAGACCAUGGCAACACCAGGUCGUAACGAGGGCAGCUGACCAAGAGAAAUGUAGUACAGAUCCAUUUUUAGGCCCAAUUAAUAAGACCUCAUUGGAUGAUGCAGCUAGAGGGCAGAUUUCUUUUUUUUUUUUUUUUUAAUCUUGUGAGAAAAGAAAUCCAUUUUUAAAAAUAAUAGCAGCAAUAACUGCUUUUGUCAAGAACAUGAAGUCUUGCCUUCUCAGUGGAGUUGUUGGUGUUCUGGUUUCCAAAACUUCACUUGUUCUCAAUCUUGAUAUUUUCCAUGUCUCUACAUGUCCUCCUCCUCUAUUUCCUCUCUGUGGGAGAAUGGCCAGAGCCAGCACUUUCUACUGCCAUAGCAACUCUGCCCGUUUCUCAUGAAAAGGGAUGUUGUGUACCGAUUUCUGGACAGUCUGUGUUACGUCUGGACAAUCAGUGUUCAGUCUGAUCUUUUUCCAACAUAAGUUGAUUCUUAUCUUAUCACGAUUAUGUUCAUGUGAAAGAUUAAAAGAUUUACUGACCAAAAGAAAAAAAAAAGAGAAGAGAGAGAAAAAAAAACGACGACGAAAGAAGAUGAUUGUUGUUUAAUGACAGAAACGUUCAGGACCAGGUUGAAGAUAUUGCUCUCCCAGCUGCACCCACUCACUUUAUCAACAUUUGAUUUUGUUUCUUUUGUUUUGUUUUGUUUUAUUCUUCCGUGUGAUAGUCCAUCCUGAAAUUACUCAUAUGGCAUGGGUUUAGGGAUAUGUCUGUAGUUGGGAGUAUUUUGGGUUGUGAGUGACAGCAUGGUACUUGUGUAUGUUGUUGAGCAACUAUGUUGUGUCUUUAUGCAGGGCUAGGGUUAGUGGCACCUCGUGGAGAGGUUAUAGGAACUCCCAGAGGUGCUCAGAGGGUGAGGUUUGGUUUUAUUUGCACACCCACCUCCCCUGAUUUUUCCCCCCCUAAGUGGUCUUUCUCAAAUACAGUAAAAUACUGCAUAGGUUUGUUGUCAUUCAUAUUUUGAGUUGAAUUUUCUUUUUAAGCCAAACUGUCACUUACCAAGACUUUUAUGAGGUAAACGUUUAAUUUUUUGAGUGCCUCUAAGUUGAGCGAAGUGGUAGUAGUGUUCUUGUUUUGCCAUUGAUGUACGGUUGCUCACCGGAAAGGAAGCACGAAGGCCUGAGGUGCACUGUGCUGUGAUACCAGUCUGUGGUUUUACUUUUACGAGGGACUUGAGUUUGAAGUGAAGGCGUCCAGAGAAAUGGCACUUUUUGCUUAUCCAGGGCGUGAAAACUGUGUGUGUGUGUGUGUGUGUGUGUGUGUGUGUGUGUGUGUGUGUGUGUGUGUGUGUGAGUGUGUUUGUGUUUGAGUUUAAGCACCACAUUUAACUUGUGGUGAUGUUUCAUGACUUGCGGUUUGUAUCAGUGGAAUGAGAGAAUUUUCUUUCUGUGUAUUUCUACAUUUUCGGGGUGAUUGUUUUUGUAUGUGGUCGGAUUUUUACUUUGGUUUUGUUUUCUUGUUUCUUUUUUAUUUGUUUUAUUAUUAUUAUUAUUAUUAUUGUUAUUAUCAUAAUUUUGUUGGUAGUGGACGUGUGGAAUGACACGGCUUGGCUCUGUGCCAGCAGGAAGGCAUUUCUAGCUGUGUAGUGUUUGUGAUGGAGGUUGUCAGUGGAGGUGAUUUUAAAGGGAAGUGGUUGGAAGUACAAAGUACCAGGAUCCCCUCCCAUGCCAUAUCUCACCCGGCAACUAACACGUACAUACACAAACGCAUAACAGUGGCCUACAAAUCUGCCACCACACACAAUGGUUGGGCUUUACUGCCACCAUUAACUAGCUAUAUAUGGACACAGUCUCACUUGGAGUCAUUCUUUACGUGGCCUUUUAAAAGAGCGCUGUUUCAAAACAACCGGUGUCCACCUCUAGCGCAUUCUUAAUUACUUGUCACAGGGUUUGACAGCAUGUCUUGCAACUGUUUUUUUUUCUUUCUUUUUUUCUAUAUUAUUCCCAGAGACCCCAAAAAUUAACCCUGAGAUUUAGGGGUAUUUUCUGUUGAGGUUUUUUAUUUUAUUUUUUUUUCUGGUGUGUAGCGCUGGGAUGAGCAUUCACUCUAUCUCUCAACAAGAGCUCCUGAGUUUCUUCUUUCACUGACUUUAGUUCAUAAAAUGCUGUGAACUUAUAACAUGUUUUUGUAAGACGUUAACAGUUGAGAGAUUUUAAAAAAAGACUGGAAUAAAACAAAUUUGCAGCA